CUCUCGCCCACCUCCGGUCGUUUCUAGCAGCAGCCCCAUGGUUGGAUCUGUGGCUGCGCCCCCGGCCGUUAUAAUUUGCUUAGUCGCUGGCAUCGCUUGAUCACUCCCUCCUCCCUACUUGCUCGCAGCACAGCGCAGCACGCCCAAUCCAGCUGCCUGUCUAGCAUGCGUCCUUUGAUUUGCAUCCUUAAGCACAAGUACACGGCGUCAUGCAUGUUCGUACGUGGUUGAUCGAUGUCGCGGCGGAGCUGAUGAGCUGCGCGUAAUGUAAACUAGCGUUUCAGGAUGGGAGGAGGUGAUCAUGGCCAGCGUCGCGCGGGGGCGCCGUUGCCGCCAGGGUUCCGGUUCCGGCCGACCGACGAGGAGCUCCUCACGCACUACCUCGCCAGGAAGGCGGCGGACGCCGGCUUCGCCCCCGCGGCCGUCCGCGAGGUCGACCUCUACAAGGCCGAGCCGUGGGACCUGCUGCCGUCGUGUGAUGCGGCGGCCGGAAGAGGAGGAGGAGGAGAGGAUGGCUGCGGCUACUUCUUCUGCCGGAGGAUCGUCAAGUUCCCGACCGGCCUGCGGACCAACCGGGCGACGCAGGCCGGGUACUGGAAGUCCACGGGGAAAGACAAGGUGGUGCUGCGCCACGGCGCCGGCGGAUGCCCUCUCGGGGUGAAGAAGACGCUCGUGUUCUACAGGGGUCGCGCGCCCAGAGGUGACAAGACCAACUGGGUCAUGCACGAGUACCGGCUGGUGCACGGUCACGGACACGCAUCCCCAGUGCUUGCAAUAGGAGGAGCUCAAAGUGAGUGGGUGACUUGCAGGAUGUUUACGAAGAAGCCACCAGGUGGUGAAACGAGCCUGCAGGAACAGGAGACAGUUCCUCAUCCUCCUUUCGAUUAUCAUCAUAUGCAGCCGUCAACCGACGGUUGCAGUGACGGCAAGACUCCGGCGGCGGCCGCACCCUCCGACUCCGAGCACGCGAGCUGCUUCUCCAACGCUCACGCAAUCGUGCCGGGUGAUCACGAGACAGAUCAGGGCUUGCUGCAGCUGAACCACGCGGGGUUGCUGAUGAACUGUCCGGAGUCAGGCCUGUGCACAUUAUCGGCGGCAUCACCGCAAGCGACGCUGCUCCGUGACGAGGUGGCCGCAGAUUCAUCGUUUGAUCUGCUGCCGCAACUGCUCGACUACGAGGGCUUUCUCUUUCCUCAUCAGGACUUCUGAAUCCUGAUGGCAUAUUCCAACUUGAUAGAAAACUCAAUCGACAUUGCAAGUUCAAGCAGUUGUGCAUGUGUCUGCGGUUGUACGAUAGUUGCAGAGGCACAUGGACCCAGGUCCCACUGUCAUCCUCUAUAACGAGUGGCAUGUUGUGAACCAUGUGGUUAGUAAAUUCAGCAGUAUGUUAUGGAUUUCCUUUAUAAUCAUUGUCAUCAUGCAUGUAUAUACGUGCUACUGUACUUUCUGUGUUAUA